GAGCGGGGCCGGGAGAGGGGAGGCGGGAAGGGGGACCUGGAGUCCCGAGGCCGGGGGACAGGACCGGCUGGGGACGUCCUCGGUGUUGGGAGGCGGAGCCAUGGCGGGACGCAGGGCUGCCCUUAAGGCCGUGGACUGGGCGGCCUUCGCCGAGCGGGUGCCGCCGAGCCAGCGAGCCAUGUUCAACGCGCUGAAGACCCGCAACGAUGCGCUGACGGCCCGGUUGGCUGCGCUGCCAGAGAAGCCCCCGGCCAUCGACUGGGCUUUCUACAAAGCUAAUGUUGCCAAGGCUGGAAUGGUGGAUGAGUUCCAGAAGAAGUUCAGUGCACUGAAGGUUCCAGAGCCAGUGGAUACACAGACUGCCAAGAUUGAUGCCCAGGAGAAGGAAGCUGCCAAGAGCACUGCUGAGUACAUCCAGGCUUCCAAAGCCCGCAUCGCCCAGUACGAGCAGGAGCUCCAGAAGCUCGAGAACAUGAUUCCCUUUGAACAGAUGACGUUUGAAGACUUGAGUGAAGCCUUCCCUGAAACCAAACUGAGCAAGAAGAAGUAUCCAUACUGGCCCCACAAGCCAAUUGCUGAUCUGUAAACUGGGAGCAGUUCAAUGAGCAGUUUAAUGACUGUCAGACUCCAUGAUCUUAUAAAUAAAGAGCUUUCUCUGUCUGUGGCUUAGAUCUUAGACAUGAGUUCUGAGUAAUGUGGAGCAAUACAGUAACUUGCAAACA